CAGUGCAGCAAUUGGUCCCGCCAGUUAGUCAGUGUCAGUCAUCUGCUAAGGAACACACACUCGGUCUAGCCCAUUCCGUCUUCCCCUUGUGGAACACAUUAAACACCGCCAUCUCAAGAAAGUGAUUGAGCGUUGUCGCUAGCUGGAGCGGAAAAUUAGAGUGAAUUAAUAUUUUCCCACCACUGUUCUGCGUCACAUUUGUCACCUUUAUGGAGUCUGCUAGUGAACAACGUCAACUCAACUCGUCCACCCGGAAGAACCCCAAGCUAACCAGAUCAGCACGUAAAAAUGGUGCCAAAAGCGGAAACAGAUGAGCCCCUGACCGGGCAGGGGGAAGCAAUCGAGAAACGCGACAAAGCUCGCACCAUCAAUCCCCAUCUGGUGCUGCUGAAAGUGUCUCUGUUUCUGAUCUUUGGGGCCACCUCAUCGCUGGUGCCAUACCUCACGAUCCACAUGCAAAGUAUUGGCCUGACAGUGGGCGAAAUUGCCACCGUUUAUCUGACGCUGUUCUUCACCACCUGCCUCAGUCCACCGAUUACCGGUUACAUUGUCGAUCGAUUCGGCCGGUACAAACCGGUGCUGUUGGUUAGUUUGGUGCUAAAUAUCGUAUCACACCACGGACUGAAUUUGGUUCCGAGACGGCAGCCGUUCGAACUCGUUGCGGCUCAGCCAUACAUCGUGCCGGGUGGAUAUGGUGGAAAUAAUGGAUCAAUUUUUGUGAGUCACUCAUGUAAUCAACCCAGCUGUCCAUCAAUCACUCUCUUGGAGGAGAAACUGCGACAACUGUGUACAUCUUCGUCGCAUAAUGUGAAUUACGUCGAAGUACUACUCGAACAGUCUAAUGAAAUCCAUACAUCCUGUGAAUUCCUCCAGCUUCCGGAUUGUGUCAACGGCUCAUGGGAGAAAAACCUCCUGCCACCGGUGCACCUACAAUGUGCCACUUCCGUCGAGUACGACCGUACCUUCUGGUAUUAUGUGGUAAUCAGGUUCUUUGCCUCGACAAUGCUCUCUGCAAGCCUUACCAUGUCCGAUCCGAUAGCACUCGCAAUGAUCGAACAGUACGGCGGCGAUUUUGGUCGAGAGAAAUUGUUCUCCAGUGCUGGUAUGGCACUCUUCACUCCACUGACCGGUUUGCUGAUCGAUUACUUUUCGGAGGGAUACUCCGACACCAACUAUACGCCGGCGUUCUACAUCUACGAUACCUUGCUGGGGUUAUCCCUCAUUACGGUGGCAUUUCUACCGAUCGACAGGAAGCUACCAUCGGAAAACAUUAUGAAGCAUCUGGUGAAGAUCCUCUUCCGACCUCAUGUGUUAAUGUUUAUCUUCUUCCUGUUCUUCCUUGGAAGUUUCUGGGGAUUCAUAGAAAGCUAUUUGUUCGUGAUCAUGAAGGAGAUGGGAUCCCCGAACUAUCUGCUCGGACUGACCUAUACCGUUGGAACAGUUGCCAGCAUUCCUAUGAUGUAUCUUACCGGGCCGAUAACGAGGUGGGCAGGCCAUGUGAAUCUGUUGGUGGUUGCGUUUUUCGCUCACGCAUUGAGGAUUCUAGGAUAUUCGUUUAUUAGUAACCCAUUCUGGUGCUUCCCGAUCGAGCUGAAUGAGGGAAUAUCCUGCUACUUUAUGUGGGUGGUAGCCACAACUUACUGCGCCAUCCUCGCUCCGAACAGCCUCGUAGCAACGCUUAUAGGUGUCUCCGGAAUGGUGCACUUCUGUCUGGGGAAAGGAUUUGGAUCGGUUUUCGGAGGCUUUCUGAUUGCUCAGUUUGAUACAAAAAUGGCGUUCCGAUACAUGGGAUACUUUGCCGUUGUUUGUGGAGUUUGCUACAAAUUCCUUCAUCUGGUAUGGUUGAAGAAAUACGACAAACAUCAGGCAGUUGAAAAGGAUGAAUAUGAGUUGAAGAAGGAAAUGUCCUUGACUGCGGAUGGCGGCCAGUUUAAUUGUAUUGCAACUAACACGAAAAUAGCUGCUUGAAGUGUUCUUAUAUUUGUGUUGUUCAAAAAUUUAAAUAUAGCCUCAUAAUAGUUACAUUCAAAAUAGUUAAUCACUCGAUUUCAUUACAUAAUCCCAAAAGUCAUUAUGCCAUAUGAAUAAAAACAAAUUUCAGCUUCACUUUACUUCAAUCGAGCAGUCGAGCAGUGAGAUUAAGUUUUUACUACGUUUGGUAUGCAUAAAAGUAACAACUAGUAUUUACUUUUCGAAAAUGGAUGUUUAGCUGAUUUCGUAUGAAUCAUUUAUCAUGUAUAUACUUCGUAAUUAUCGAGUGUACUUAUGAGCAUAGGAUAAAUUAUCUUGGUUUGUCCGAUUUGGGGUGUUUUUACGCUACUAAUAAAUGUAAAUCGAUCUUUC